GGGCCGGGGAUCGCGUGCGAGCGGCUCUCCGGCGGCUCGCCCUGUCACUCGGCCGCCAGCCCGCCACCUGAAUCACGAGGGAAGCGGCGGCCGAGCAUCCUCCCCACCCCCGGCGCCCUCCGUCCCGCUGCAGCAGCCCGCUCUCGCACCUCCGCCCCUGCACCGCCGCUCAGCGCCGCGGACGGGGGGCUGAUCUUCGCCCGCAGAAACUUUGCACCCCCGGGUCGUGGCGGGGACCGUGGGCAUCCAAACAAUGAUUCCUCCGGGGGAAUGCCUAUAUGCUGGGAGAAAAAGGAGGAAACCCAUUCAGAAACAAAGGCCUGCAGUUGGGAAUGAAAGAUCGAAUCCUUCAAAGAGACACAGGGACCGCCUGAACGCGGAACUGGACCAUCUGGCCAGCCUCUUGCCUUUUCCACCCGACAUCGUAUCGAAGCUGGACAAACUUUCUGUCUUGCGCCUUAGCGUCAGCUAUCUCCGAGUCAAAAGUUUCUUUCAAGCCAUUCAAGAAAAGCACUUUAAGAAGCAAGUUGGCCAAACGAUAAAAGAAGACAACGUAUCUAACAAGACUGCUGUACAAGAAGGUGGACUUCUACUAGAAUCACUGAACGGUUUUGCAUUGGUGGUGAGUGCAGACGGAAUGAUAUUUUAUGCGUCAUCAACGAUUGUGGACUAUCUAGGGUUUCAUCAGACUGAUGUAAUGCACCAAAACAUAUAUGAUUACAUUCACGUGGAUGAUCGCCAGGAUUUCUGUAGACAACUGCACUGGGCCAUGAAUCCUCCCCAGAUGUUAUCUGGACAACCACUACAGGCAGAAACAGGAGAAGAAUAUAUUCUCAGUAAAUUGUUUAAAGCACAAGAGAAUGACAGCAUGACAACAGAUUAUUCUUCCUUUUUAACUCGUUGUUUCAUCUGUCGAGUUCGCUGCUUGUUGGACAGUACUUCUGGUUUCCUUACAAUGCAGUUCCAAGGCAAACUAAAGUUUCUUUUUGGACAAAGGAAGAAGUCCUCAUCAGGAACAGUAUUGCCACCUCAGCUGUCAUUAUUCUGCAUAGUGGUACCACUUCUGCUCCCUUCUGUGACAGAGAUGAAGAUGAAAAGCCUACUUGUGAAAGCAAAACAUAAAGCUGAUGAUGCAGCAGCAGUGAAUACAAACUCCAGUUCCAAAAGUAAUUCAGGGCUGUGUGAAGCAGCAGAUUUAUAUGGAAGAAACAGUCAUCAUGAAGGUGCUGCUUUCACUAAUGUAUUACAGAUUGCUGAAAACCAAAUCAAAGCGAAGAAUAAUGGAGAAAAUGGCAUUUCUCUAGUCAAAGUACAAAAAAGUGAAGAUCACUGGGUCUGGGUUCAAGCCAACACUCAACUUCUGUAUCGAAGUGGUUGUUCAGAGUAUGUCCUUGCCCAACAGCAAAUGUUAAAGGAAGAAGAUGAACAACUGAAGAUACUAAGUGGUUUUGCCAGUUUGAAAGGAAACCUGGAGGGGCUUUCCUAUAACAGCGCCAUUGAAACUCUGGGCCAGUGGAAGCAUCUUAACUGGACAGCAGUAAAAAAUGAACAAGAUAAUGUAAAAGUGAAGUUUGAGCCACAUACAAACGGUGAGUGUUUUAUGCAAGAGGAACCUCUCAGUUCCAACACAUCAGUUUUAGGUGUUCAAAGCAACUGCACCACAAACAGUAGCUGGACUUUAAGAAACUCAAGCUCUUGUUCUAUGAGCCAGCGAAUGAACACAUGUUCAAACAGGAGAGCUGGAUCAUUCUACAACAGAGACCAAAGCUUCUUAAACUUAGCAUCAACUUGUCCUUCCCACUGGGGGAGCACAGAAAGCUGCCAGUCUUACUCAGGUGUACAACAACGUUGUGCGGAGAACUAUGCAACGGACCAUCUGAAAAUGCAGAGACCAUUCAUAUCCUCAGAGUCUUUCUAUGACACAGCCUUUCCCUUGGAGAUGCCUAUCAAAACGGAAUAUGAUUCUGAUUCUGAAAACAUUGCUGAUAACUACCUGAUCUCACAAAACCGAGCCUGGGUGGAUGAGAACAGCUCAGUGAGAAAGCAGGUGUUUAGCUACCCCAAUAGAGUACACCUCAAAACAGAACUGGACCUCUACGAGCCAGCCUCACCUUGUCAGAAGCCAAGGCACUGCCUUUACACACCGCAUAAUUGGCAGUGCAUUGUAGCAAAUCAUCCCAACAACCUAAACCUGAACAGAUCUUGCAAGGGUUCACGUAGCAAGGAGGUGGCCCCGUUUUAUGCUCAGAACUCCUCCGGGUGUUUGGAAAGCAUGCCCGACCUGACACACACGGCUUGCUAUGGCCACUUCUACAGCCCCAGCCCAGGAGAGGAGAAAGAGCAGAAUAAUGAGGGGUUUAAAAUGCCGUGUGAAUUUAAAAAACCCUGCUUGGUUCAAGCAAUCAAGCGUGAACCCCUGGAUUCUCCACCAUUGUCCAGCAGUGGACAGAACAGAAUACAAAUGAGCUUCCCUGAAAAUACAUUAGCAGGUCCUGUGCCUCAUAAAACCACUGAAUGUACAUUUUUACAAUAGAUUUUAUAACAUUUGGAGUAUUUAUAAUGUUAAAAGCAUGAAGUUGUAGGUUCUCUUCCAGUUGGGUUAAAUAAUUUACUAAAAUUAAAAGCCAGUGCAAAGAUUUUGUGUGUGUGUGUGCGCAUCUGUGUAUGAGAAAAAACAGACACAGACACACACACAUCAUAUACCCUGUACUGCCCUACUACCCUUCUCUUAGUGAUCUUUGGAAAGAAAGAAAGAUAAAACCUCAGGCACAGAAAAAUAAUCACUGCUCACUGCACAGGUAUACAUGCUAAUUUGUCUUUUAUCAUCUCUCCUCUCAUGUCUACAAUUCAUUGCCAAGGUCUAGCUAUUUCUGUUUCCUGCCUUUGUUCAUUUUUGUUUUCUGAAGCUGAUAUGGAUGUCUCUGUGCAAACAUAAAAUGUUUAUGGUCUUCAGUGUGGCCAGUUUACCUUAGUGUUUUUUGUAUUUUUAGUUUUUUGCUAUUCUAGUAAGAAGCAUCUUCUAUACCUUUAUCUCAGCAUUAAACUAAUGGCAACAGGAUAGCAUUAAUUAAAACAAAUUACUUUCAUAAAAUGCAUUAGAAAUUAUUUCACUUCAAACUGAAGUUCUUCCCAAGUUUCCUUGAUAAUACUGAUGUUUUAGCAGCCAUAUUUUUCCAUUCUAAAGCCAUCAGCCUUUCAUGUUGCUGUUCGAAAGACUGAACAAUGGAAUGUUACCCACUUCUGUGAGUUACCAAUGCUGUAAAAUGUACAUGAGAAGAAAAUAUUUCCCCAAUAUUUAUUGCUGUUAUUUGUAACAUUAACAAAGGAAAUGCACUUUUUAAUUUGAUAGUAUUUCUUUGAUUGAUAACAGCUUGUUAGAUAUUGUCACCUGGCAUCAAAACCAAACACCACAUUAAGAUUACAUAUCUUAUUUUCAAAAGCAUCCUAGUUUCAUUCUCAAAAUAAAAUCUUAAUCUCUUAAACCAAGAGCUAACUGGAGGAUGCAUAUGUUUCAAAAGCACAAAGUUUUUUUUUUGAAAACAGAUCUGAUGCUUUCCUUUGAACCCAGGCAGUAAUGUAUUUCCACCAAAAAAAAAAAAAAAAAGAGUACAACUUCUGGUUUGGUUUUUAUUGUUGUUGUAGUUUGACUCCUGCACUAACUUUUGUUUUAAAAUUGCACUAUGUCAACUUUAUAUCAACUUCACCUAUAUAAAAACCACAUCAUUUUUUAAAAAAGGCCAAAAAAAACCUUAGAUGUAUAUGUGCUUUUUGAAAGAAACCCUAUAAUGAAUGUUUUCUUUUCAAAAUAUUAUAAAUAAUUAUAAUGUCUUCAUUUCUGUACCUGCUAGUCACUAAAGGCAUGGCUUUACAUGCCAGAACAGUGGCAUAAACUUCUCCCAAAUGCUAUAAAUAUGUGCGAUAAGUGUAGUUUAUGGGGAAUGUUUCUGCACCUGGGAGGCUGCUCUUCUCCAGAACUAUCUGUCGUCUCUGAUAGAAAUUAUUGCCUGUAUAUUAGAGUUGACAGAUGCAAAGUUUACAUUCUUUGCAUGUCAGUUAAGUGCUUGUGAACAAUCGUUUGAUCUGAAAUGCUGCACUUUACACUGAAAUGGUACCUUUUGAUGGUUGUCCUGCAGAAGGCAGUAUUCCCAGCAAAAAGACGAGAGUCCACAGUAAAGAGGGACAAUAAUGUCUUACUUUAGCUCAAAUUAAUUCUGCCAUAGUCCAGCUGACCAUACCCAAGCCAUGAAAACAUACUUUUUUUGUGUGUGUCUGAGGUAAAUCAGUUCCCUGUUGGCUAUGUGCUGCUUCUUACUUAAGAUAGUCUUGAUAUCCUUGCUUUAAUAC